ACUUCUGCUUCAGCAUUUUUCUAAUUACAAUCGUGAGCACGGACGAGUUUCUCAAAUGUCAGAUUAGAGAGAGAGAAUGAGAGGAGGAGGGAACGCGGCAUAACAUUCCCAGUCAGUCAGUCCAGUGUGACUGAUCAAAAACUCCCCUCCUAUCGGCAGUGCAGCACUCGGCUCCACAAAAAGAUCAUCGACAGGUUGAGAGACAGAGAUAUGCUAUGCAUUGCCCGAAUCUAUCCGGUUAGAAGAGUUGCUUUGCAGAGGAAUGCAACACUCCAGUGCCCCAAGGAGUUGUCCAUCCCUGGCCUGUAGCCCUGGGCAGACGGCUAUACACAACUGUCGUCUUAUUUCCAUGGCCAGUGACGUGGAGGUAACCACGAUGUGCAGCUCUCUGAGUCCCAAGCAGGUAAUUGGCCCAGGCCUGACCGACAUGCAGCAGUACAACCAAUGGCUGACCAGCCGCCACGAAGCCAGCCUCCUGCCAUUGAAGGAAGACCUGGCCCUGUGGCUCACCAACAUGCUGGGUCUGGAGAUCACAGCAGAGAACUUCAUGGAGCGUUUGGACAACGGCUUCCUGCUGUGCCAGCUGGCUGAGACGCUACAGGAGAAGUUCAAGCAGAACCAGACCAAGAACCAUGGAGAGGUGCCUGGCGCUGACCACGGAAAGGCCAUCCCGUGUCGGAGGAUCCCGUGUCGUGCCAGCGCUCCCUCUGGUUCCUUCUUCGCCAGGGACAACACAGCUAACUUCCUGACCUGGUGUCGUCAGGUGGGGGUGGGAGAGACCUGCCUGUUUGAGUCUGAGGGACUGGUUCUUCACAAGCAGCCACAGGAAGUGUGUCUGUGUCUCCUCCAACUGGGAAGGAUAGCAUCUCGGUACAACGUGGAGCCUCCUUGGCUUAUCAAGCUGGAGAAGGAGAUAGAACAGGAGGAGAUAGCACCCCUACCUUCACCUGUCUCCCACUCUCCAUCCCCCUCUCCAACCCCCUCUCCAACCCCCCCAUCCUCCUCUCCUUCCAAGUGCUCGUCGUCUAGCCAGAAGAGCACAGGGAAGCUGUUGGAUGAUGCAGUGAAGCAUUUCUCGGGGGACCCUCCCUGCAAGUGUCCCAAUAAGUUCUGUGUGGAGAGACAGGCCCAGGGCCGCUACCGCGUUGGAGAGAAGAUGCUCUUCAUCAGGAUGCUACACAACAAGCAUGUGAUGGUGCGUGUGGGAGGAGGCUGGGAGACCUUUGAGAGUUACCUUCUGAAACACGACCCAUGUCGGAUGCUCCAGAUCUCCAGAGUGGAGGGGAAGACCUCUCCCAUGUCCUCCAAGGACCUCACCCCAGACAGCUACCUGGUGGUGGCAGCACACCACUGCAGCAACAAGUAAAGAUGGCCGCACCCCACCGCAGCAACAAGUAAAGAUGGCCGCACCCCACCGCAGCAACAAGUAAAGAUGGCCGCACACCACCGCAGCAACAAGUAAAGAUGGCCGCACACCACCGCAGCAACAAGUAAAGAUGGCCGCACACCACCGCAGCAACAAGUAAAGAUGGCCGCACACCACCGCAGCAACAAGUAAAGAUGGCCGCACACCACCGCAGCAACAAGUAAAGAUGGCCGCACACCACCGCAGCAACAAGUAAAGAUGGCCGCACACCACCGCAGCAACAAGUAAAGAUGGCCGCACACCACCGCAGCAACAAGUAAAGAUGGCCGCACACCACCGCAGCAACAAGUAAAGAUGGCCGCACACCACCGCAGCAACAAGUAAAGAUGGCCGCACCCCACCUCAGCAACGAGUAAAGAUGGCCGCACACCACCGCAGCAACAAGUAAAGAUGGCCGCACACCACCGCAGCAACAAGUAAAGAUGGCCGCACCCCACCUCAGCAACGAGUAAAGAUGGCCGCACACCACCGCAGCAACAAGUAAAGAUGGCCGCACACCACCGCAGCAACAAGUAAAGAUGGCCGCACACCACCGCAGCAACAAGUAAAGAUGGCCGCACACCACCGCAGCAACAAGUAAAGAUGGCCGCACACCACCGCAGCAACAAGUAAAGAUGGCCGCACACCACCGCAGCAACAAGUAAAGAUGGCCGCACACCACCGCAGCAACAAGUAAAGAUGGCCGCACACCACCGCAGCAACAAGUAAAGAUGGCCGCACACCACCGCAGCAACAAGUAAAGAUGGCCGCACACCACCGCAGCAACAAGUAAAGAUGGCCGCACCCCACCUCAGCAACGAGUAAAGAUGGCCGCACACCACCGCAGCAACAGGUAAAGAUGGCCGCACCCCACCUCAGCAAUAACUAAAGAUGGCCGCACACCACCGCAGCAACGAGUAAAGAUGGCCGCACCCCACCUCAGCUACGAGUAAAGAUGGCCGCACCCCCACCUCAGCUACGAGUAAAGAUGGCCGCACCCCACCGCAGCAACAAGUAAAGAUGGCCGCACACCACCGCAGCAACAAGUAAAGAUGGCCGCACACCACCGCAGCAACAAGUAAAGAUGGCCGCACACCACCGCAGCAACGAGUAAAGAUGGCCGCACCCCACCGCAGCAACAAG